GUGGCAGGGGCGGUGGGGGCUGAGGCAGGCUCUUCUCAGCCAUGGCUAGGCUGGCUGAUUAUUUCAUUGUGGUGGGCUAUGACCAUGAGAAGACAGGCUCAGCAGAAGGUUUGGGGAAAAUAAUUCAGAGGUUUCCUCAGAAGGAUUGGGAUGACACUCCCUUUCCACAGGGAAUAGAGUUGUUUUGUCAGCCUGGAGGAUGGCAGUUGUCCAGAGAGAGAAAGCAGCCUACAUUCUUUGUGGUGGUUUUGACCGAUAUAGACUCAGAACGGCACUACUGUUCAUGCUUAACUUUCUAUGAAGCAGAGAUCAACCUGCAGGGAACAAAAGAGACUGAAGGUGAAGAAGAGGAGUCUGGUUUAAUUCAGCCUGCUGAAGUAUUUGCUCCCAAAAGCCUGGUGGUGGUGUCCAGACUAGAUUAUCCAGAAAUUUUCAGGGCUUGCCUUGGCUUGAUCUACACUGUGCAUGUGGACAGCCUGAAUGUGUCCUUGGAGAGUCUCAUUGCAAAUCUCUGUUCAUGCCUUGUCCCUGCGGCCGGAGGCUCUCAGAAAUUGUUUUCAUUGGGAGCAGGAGACAGACAGCUGAUACAAACCCCUUUACAUGAUAGCCUUCCUGUUACCAGUACCAGUGUGGCUCUUCUUUUUCAGCAAUUGGGAAUCCAAAAUGUGCUGAGCUUGUUCUGUGCGGUCCUUACAGAAAAUAAGGUUCUCUUUCACUCUGCAAGUUUUCAAAGGCUCAGUGAUGCCUGUAGAGCACUGGAGUCUUUAAUGUUUCCUCUCAAAUAUAGUUAUCCCUAUAUUCCAAUUCUCCCUGCACAGCUGCUAGAAGUUCUCAGUUCACCAACGCCUUUCAUUAUUGGUGUACAUUCCAUCUUUUGUGCUGACAUUCAUGAGCUUUUGGAUGUAAUUAUAGCAGACCUGGAUGGAGGCACAAUUAAAAUUCCUGAAUGUAUUCAUCUAUCUCAGCUCCCAGAGCCACUGCUACAUCAAACUCAAACAGCUCUUUCUUUAGUUUUACACCCCGAUUUGGAAACGGCAGAUUAUGCAUUCCCUCCACCACGAACAGGUCUAUCGCACUCAAAAAUGCUGGAUAAAGAAGUACGAGCAAUUUUCCUGAGAUUGUUUGCACAACUUUUCCAAGGAUACAGGUCAUGCCUUCAGCUGAUCAGAAUUCAUGCUGAACCAGUUAUACAUUUUCACAAGGCGGCCUUUUUGGGCCAGCGAGGCUUGAUUGAGAAUGACUUUCUCACCAAAAUUCUCAAUGGAAUGUCAUUUGCUGGUUUUGUAUCUGAGAGAGGUCCUCCCUACAGAUCCUGUGAUCUCUUUGAUGAGUUGGUAGCUUUUGAAGUGGAAAGAAUUAAAGCUGAGGAAGGUAAUCCACCAAAAAUGAUGAAGCACGUCAGAGAGCUUGCAGAACAGCUGUUCAAAAAUGAGAAUCCAAAUCCUCACAUGGCAUUCCAGAAAGUUCCACGGCCCACGGAGGGAUCCCAUUUACGAGUUCAUAUCCUUCCUUUCCCCAAAAUUAAUGACAGCCAGGUUCAGGAGCUAAUUCAAGAAGGCCUGGCUAAGAACCAAAGUGCACCACCUGCUACUCGGGUAGAAAAAAAGUGUGUAGUUCCUGCUGGUCCGCCUGUUGUUUCCAUAAUGGAAAAGGCCAGUACAGUUUUCAACAGUGCACAGAGGCUGGAAGUUGUUAGAAACUGCAUCUCAUUCAUAUUUGAAAAUAAAAAUUUGGAGACUGAAAAGACUCUGCCCGCUGCGUUGAGGGCACUAAAAGGAAAGGCAGCUCGACAGUGCCUCACACAGGAGCUAAGCCUGCAUGUUCAGCAAAAUCGGGCAAUACUGGACCACCAGCAGUUUGAUUACAUAGUGCGGAUGAUGAACUGUACUUUACAGGAUUGUUCAACUUCAGAAGAAUACAGCAUUGCUGCUGCAUUACUGCCCCUGACAACUGCAUUCUACAGAAAACUGGCACCUGGAGUUAGUCAGUUUGCUUACACCUGUGUACAAGACCACUCUAUAUGGACUAAUCAACAGUUUUGGGAAACCACAUUUUAUAGUGAUGUGCAAAAUCAAGUUCGUUCCCUCUAUCUCACAGCUAGGGAAGACAAUCAUACAAUACGUUUGAAGCAAAAGGAGAAAAAUUCUGUAGGUCUGGACCAGGAAAAAACAGCCAUGGACCUGGCUGCUGAGCAGUUGCGUUUAUGGCCAACACUCAAUAAAGAAACUCAGCAGGAGCUAAUACAGAAUGAGGAAAGUACAGUUUUCAGUCAGGCAAUUCAUUUUGCUAACCUCAUGGUCUACCUGCUAGUGCCACUGGACACAAGUAAAAACAAACUAUUGAGAACAUCAGCUACAGGAGACUGGGAGAGUGGAAGCAACAGCAUUGUCACAAAUAGUAUUGCCGGCAGUGUUGCAGAGAGCUAUGACACCGAAAGUGGGUUUGAAGACUCUGAGAACAAUGAUAUUGCCAAUGCAGUUGUGCGCUUCAUCACCAGGUUUAUAGACAAAGUAUGUACAGAGAGUGGAGUUACACAGGAUCACAUCAAGAGCCUUCAUUGCAUGAUACCAGGGAUUGUAGCAAUGCACAUUGAGACUCUGGAGGCCGUCCAUCGAGAGAGUAGAAGACUACCACCAAUACAGAAGCCUAAGAUUCUGCGACCAGCUUUGCUGCCAGGAGAAGAGUUUGUGUGUGAUGGUCUCCGUGUGCUGCUGGAUCCUGAUGGGAGAGAGGAAGCAACAGGAGGAUUGCUCGGAGGUCCCCAUAUUCUCCCAGCAGAAGGAGCUUUGUUCCUUACCACAUACAGAAUUAUAUUUAAAGGCACUCCUCAUGAUCAAUUAGCUGGAGAACAGACAGUGAUCCGGAGCUUUCCCAUAGCAUCUAUUAUGAAGGAGAAGAAGAUUACAAUACAGAACCAGCUGCAACAGAAUAUGCAGGAAGGACUGCAGAUCACCUCAGCAUCAUUUCAGUUAAUUAAAGUAGCAUUUGAUGAGGAAGUGAGUCCUGAAGUGGUAGAAAUAUUUAGGAAACAGCUAAUGAAGUUCCGUUAUCCCCAGUCCAUCUUUAGCACCUUUGCUUUUGCAGCUGGGCAAACUGCACCGCAGAUAAUCUUGCCAAAGCAAAAAGAAAAGAACACUUCUUUUCGCACCUUCUCAAAAACAAUUGUGAAAGGAGCCAAACGUGCAGGGAAGAUGACAAUUGGUCGUCAAUACUUAUUAAAGAAGAAGACAGGCACAAUAGUGGAAGAAAGAGGGAAUCGUCCAGGCUGGAAUGAAGAUGAUGAUAUCUCUGUUUCAGAUGACAGUGAAUUGCACACAAGUGGUACUUUGAAAGCCUCAGAAAAGUCAACAAUGGAGCAGUUAGUAGAGAGAGCCUGUUUUAGAGACUAUCAGCGUUUGGGACUGGGGACCAUCAGUAGUAGCUCUUCUCGCUCCAAAACAGAAUACUUCCGAAUAACUGCAUUGAACAGGAUGUAUUCACUUUGUAGAAGCUAUCCUGGACUUUUGGUAGUACCUCAGUCUGUGCAAGACAGCAGUUUGCAGAGGGUAGCUCGUUGUUAUCGUCACAAUCGUCUGCCAGUUGUCUGCUGGAAAAACUCAAAAAUCAGUACUCUGCUGCUAAGAGCUGGGGGCUUCCAUGGAAAGGGAGUUGUCGGCCUCUUCAAAUCUCAAAACACACAUACUGCAGUUCCUCCUAAUUUAGAAUCUUCAAGCAGCAUAGAACAGGAGAAAUAUCUGCAAGCCUUACUGAAUGCAAUUUCCAUCCACUGUAAAAUGAAUGGCAGUAAUACUCUUACUGUAAGGCCAACAAUUGCUUUGUCUCCAGGCACUGAAAGGAGGGCUUCAAGAAUGUCCACUGUGGUUAAGCAGGUAGUGCCAGGACAUUUGGAUGUAAAUCUAUCCAAUAGCUUUGCUCGAGGAGGUGUAUGGGCAAGUCUUCGUUCUAGCAAUCGAUUUAUCAGCACUCAGGCGCCAUUCAUUGAUGUCGGUGCAAGACUAGCAGGGAAAGAUAACACAGCGUCAUACAGUAACAGUUCAUUUUUGCAAAACCAGCUUCUGAAACGCCAAGCUGCGCUCUACAUAUUCGGAGAAAAAUCUCAGUUAAGGGGCUUCAAACUUGAUUUUGCUUUGAAUUGUGAAUUUGUUGCUGUUGAGUUCAGUGACAUCCGACAGGUGAAAACUAGUUUUAAAAAGAUGAUGAGGGUUUGUGUUCCCAGUACUAUUCCUACCGAUUCUGAAGUAACAUUCCUUAAGGCACUUGGUGAAUCAGAGUGGUUCCCACAGCUUCACAGGAUAAUGCAGUUGGGUGUGGUGAUAUCAGAGCUCCUUGAGAAUGGUUCUUCAGUUAUGGUUUGUUUGGAAGAUGGUUGGGAUAUUACUGCACAGGUGGUGUCUCUGGUGCAAUUACUCAGUGAUCCAUUCUACAGGACACUUGAAGGCUUCCAAAUGUUAGUGGAAAAAGAAUGGCUCUCUUUUGGUCAUAAGUUCAAUCAGCGUAGUAAUGUGACCCUCAGUUGUCAGGGUAGUGGAUUUGCUCCCAUUUUCUUACAGUUCCUGGACUGUGUGCAUCAGAUUCACAACCAGUAUCCAACAGAGUUUGAAUUCAAUCAAUAUUUCUUGAAGUUCUUAGCUUUCCACUACGUUUCAAAUAGAUUUAAAACAUUUCUUCUGGAUUCAGACUAUGAAAGACUAGAACAUGGGACAUUGUUUGAAGAUAAAGGAGACAGGCAUGCCAAAAAGGGAAUCUGUAUUUGGGAAUGUAUUGAAAAAAUGCACAAAAGGAGCCCCAUUUUCUUCAAUUACCUAUAUGCACCUGUUGAAACAGAGGCAUUAAAACCAAGUGUAAAUAUGUCCAGCCUGAAAACGUGGGAUUACUAUAUGGAAGAGACCUUGGCCACAGGUCCUUCCUAUGAUUGGACCAUGGUUACUGCAAAAUGCAACACUUCAGAGGAAGUUGACCAAAUGGAUGGUUCAUUUCCCCAAAGUAGGAGGAAAAUAGUGUGGCCAUGCUAUGAUGAUGUUAGCAAAGUGCAACCUGAUGCAAUCACGAGCCUCUUAAAUGAAAUCGAAAGACUGGAGAAUAAAUUAAAUCAGAGCCCAGAAAGGUGGCAGCUCUUGUGGGAAAGGGUCACCGUAAAUCUUAAAGAUGACACAAGACAAGACAAUCCACGAAGACAUCCUUCUGGCUCAUCAGUGAUAAUGUCUACUAAUCCACAUUCCUAUCAGAAGAGGUCUUUGCUGCAUUUACCUGACAGUGGUCUGGGUGAAGAACAAAGUGCCAGCAUCUCUCCCUCUAAUGGAGUGGACAGACGAGCAACCACACUAUACAAUCAGUUCACAUCAAAGAAUGAUGAGAAUAGGUCUUUUGAAGGUACACUUUACAAAAGAGGAGCUUUGUUAAAAGGUUGGAAACCUCGCUGGUUUGUACUGGAUGUGACAAAACACCAGCUGAGGUAUUAUGAUUCUGGUGAGGACACAAGCUGCAAGGGACACAUUGAUCUUGCAGAAGUCGAAACAGUGAUUCCUGCAUCUCCAACAAUUGGCGCACCAAAGCAUGCUAGUGAAAAAGCAUUUUUUGAUCUGAAGACAAGUAAACGUAUGUAUAAUUUCUGUGCCCAAGAUGCACAGAGUGCACAGCAAUGGAUGGACAGGAUCCAGAGCAGUAUUUCAGAUGCAUAACAGAGAAUACCAUUCCACUGCCAACUGCAGAAAAGAAAUGCUUUCAGCACUUCAUGUUGCAAGAAGAUACAUUUUGAAAUGCUAUUACAGAACAAGCAACCUUCCUUUCAUUUCAGUCAUAAAUACUCAGUAUAUGCUGAAGCAUCUUCUCUGUUUAAGUAUUAUAACCACUAUAAGUACUCCUUUUCUCUUGCUAGGAGAACUUUUCAAAUUAGUAAUCUGUUUAGCCUGAAAUAUAACUCUUUUCAAUAUGAUUCCUAGCUAAAUGAGCCUGCUCUACACACUGAAAUAUGCUACCAUCUAAUACUGUUUUUCUAAUCAGAGUUGCAUCAGAAAAACUGUCUAGCUAGAAUUGUGGACAUUUUUCCUCAAAUAGUGUUCUGUUUUCACCGAGUUUUAAUAUUUAAACAAAAUGGUCCAAAUUUUCAAGCUAGUUGUGUAUCUGGAAGAACAUUUCUACAGUUUCUAAGAAAAGUUUAGGUUUGUGAAUUCAGUGACAUGCAUAGCAGAUUGGCAAAUGUCAAUUAAUAUUUUUAAAGACCAAAAAUCAAAACCUUAAUUUUCAAAAAAAGGUUUCUUCUCAAAUCUACUAGCUGCUCUCUAACCUCUUGCUCUAAAACAUGCUUCUGCAAUUUUACUGUUAAUGUAUGGCAUUUCAAGUUCCCACUGUUUAGCUAAAGAAUAUGCUUUUUGGGUAUUCUAUUUGCCCAUUAUAAUAGGAUAAUGGAAAGAAAACUGGCUGAUAAUAACAAGAAGAAACUGGUCACAAAUUAAGACAUUUAUAGGAGAAAAAUCUGAGUAUGAAAAGUUGUAUAUGUUUAUUUAUGUUCUGUUCUGCUCACUGUAAAAUAAAAAAUAACAAACACAAUGAUAAAUGCACUAAACAAUAAAGCAAACACUUGCACUGAAAUAGUUGAAAUGCAGACAUUUUGCGGGACAGAGGUAAGUUAUUUAUAGCAGAACAAUGCUAGCUAGAUAACCUUUACAAAUACUAAAUGUGUACAUAAUUUGGUUUGAUGUGAUUUGAUACUUUAAAAACAUUUUUGCACAUAAAUUGGAAGACUGUUUUAGAUUUUGACAUUUAGUAACAUUGUGUUUGUUCAUCUUAAAAUCUUUGAGGAAUGUUGUUGGGUUAUUUUUAUAUAUAGCCCAAAAUUACUAGAGGUUUUAUUUGCUACAGUUUGUGAUGACAUGGAGUGGAGUCUUUAGAUAAAAACCAUUGUGAGGUUUUUUUAAUGUUAAUAUGUUAAAUAUCCAACUAAUAUUUCAUAGAGUUUGUAUAUAUGAUUUGGUAUUUUCUGAUUUUUUUCCAGACAUUCUGCUUAUAAUUGUUAAUAUCAGACUAACCUAACUGAUUUCAUUUAUAGGAUUUCAAUUAUUAAAUAGUUUGUCACCUUUUUUUAACCACUUUUCAUUUUUUGACUAAAUAAUAUUCAAUUUCACACUGCACACAGAAUAGGAAAUGCAGCUGUUUUAAUACAUAUGGAAUUUUUUUAAAGAAAUGAAGGAUUUUUUUUAGCAUUUUCAACUGAUAAAUCUCCACCUGUGAAAAUGGUGUUUGCACAUUUGUAUUUUUCUGUGUAUAUGAAGUACUUUUAUAUGUACUUUGUAAAAUACUGAUCCCACUGUUUUUAAGGUUAUUUGAAAAUGUACACAACACAUCUUAUUUUGUAACUAGGUUAUUUUAACUAUUUUAUGUAUGUUACAUGACUUAUGUAUGCUAACCAUCUUG